AAAAAUUCUAGUAAAAUACGAUGACAGAACUUCAAACUGUAACAAAUGAAGAUACGGUGCAUGCUUUAUUUUUCUCUUCAUUAUCAAAUUCUGAUAGUGUUUACUGGGAAACCAUGUGUAAAGAAAUAAAUUUAACUCUCAAAACUCUUGCAACUGGAUACAUAUGGCAUAGAGAUGAGUUCAAAGUGUGUUUGCCUAUUCUCAAUGACGAAAAUUGCGCUCUGCCAAUGCAUCUUAUUGCUUCUACUUGCUUCGGAGACAACAUUGAAGAUGAAUGGUUCAUUGUUUACCUUAUUAUGGAAUUAAGCAAAAAAUACUCAGAAUUGAUUAUCCAAAUAAUAGAUAAUGAUGGAGACUUUAUGCUUAUAGAGGCAGCUGACUAUUUACCAAAAUGGGCUAAUCCAGAAACCACUGAAAAUCGCGUAAGUUUAGACAUUUGAGUGAGCACAGUUAAAUUUUAUGCACCUUUGUAUGAAAAGUGUUAUUGGAAGAGUGUUCUUUAAAGAUUCUAAUUUUGUCAAAACUAUGUUACUUUAGUUUGAUGUCAAAACUGUAUCAUAUGCACCAUGAAUAAAU